UUUUUUUUUUCUUUCAAUGCGCCAGGGACGUUGAUUGACAGGCCGCCCAGCCAAUCAGAGAGCGGCUAUUUGAAACGUACUCGGUUUGUGUGGUAGUGAAGGAGGUGGGCGGGGCUUGUGAAACAAUGCUGCGUUUCAUUGCCGAGGAGGACGCGUCAGGGGCUUUCUCUCCCCCCCGAGUGAUCCCCCCAGUUUACCUUCGGACCAGCCUGUAAUGGACUACUCCAGUUUUUCCAGCAGCCUGGAUGAAUUUUGAGAAAGGUUUGCAUUUACUAAAGCUCUCUUCCGCGACAUUUCUCUCCGCAGAAGUCAGCAGUAUGGCUGAGAAGGAGUCCGAAUCGCCUGGGAAACUAAAGACACUGUUAUAGCCAGAAUUGGCUUUUAUUAUUAUUAUUUCUGAUUUUCCGGGACCUAUCCGAACGGACGCAUUUUUCUGCAACAACUUUCCCAUCUGCGGAUAAUGGAUGGCAGAGAUUUCGGUCCUCCUCGAUCCGUCCACGUCCCCCCGCCGCUGUUGGCGGGGCUCGCCAUGGAGCCUCACCGACUCGGAGCAGCGGCGGCGGCCGGGAGGAUCCCUUCCUCGCCCGGCCACUUGGGCGCGAGCCACCCGCCGCCUCUCCACUCCGGGAAAUUUCUCUCAUCGGCCAUUAACCUGCAUUCACACCACAGUGAGGCCUUCCCAACAGGCUCCAGCCCCUUUCUGUCAGGUUACCCAGGCCCGUCCUCGUUGACCUCUGACCCCGCCUACAGGUCGGCCAAUCCCAGCAGUCUGCAGAUGGCACAGCUUUGGGCGUCGCACGCUCACGAAGGCUACCCUCCCCUCCCAAGCAGCCUUUACUCCAGUCCCUACUUGUCUCUGGGCCGCCUGGAGACGUCCUCGCUCUCCCAACAUCCUCUCUAUGAUCCUCACAAAGAUGGAUACUUCCUGACGUCCUCACUGAGCCAAUCACCUCUGCACCCUCCAUCUGCGUCCUUGGCCACUCCUUCCAGCUCCACGCCUCCCCAGAGGACGUCCCGGGAUGGGGUCAGGGACAGGACGUAUCGGACAGAGAGAGAGCGGGACAAGGAGAGGGAGAGGGAGCGGCUGCGCGAAGAGUCACGGCCGCACAGCGUGGUGGAUCUGACGCAGGAGACGCGAGGCGAGGACGACCGCAAGGCGAGCAGAGAUCGGGACCGAGAAAAGGACCAUGAGACGGACAGAGACAGGGAGAGGGACGGUUGGUCCUUCCAUCCUCACCAGCAAAAGUUACACUCCUCCCACCCUUUGGCGGUGGAAACCCGAUCCAGACUGUCGCCUCCACAACCCUCCUUCCCUCUCAGUGAGGGUCGGUUCCUCGGUUCUGAGAAAGACCGAAGGGGUCGGGAAGAGGAGGGCGCUUCUCGACCCCACCACUGCCAGAACUCCAACUCCAACAACUCCACCUCUCUUUCCGAGCGGCAGCGGAGGAACGAGUCUGUGGCCACGGCGGCCGGGACCCUGCACGCCUCCUACGUCCUCCCCCCUCCGUUACAGCAGCCCGGCGCCGGUCUUCCCCACCUCCUCACACCCAGAGAGCAGCGAGUCAGCGCGCCUACGUAUGUGCCUUCUGUGGAGGUUUACGACGAGCGGGUAGGGCCCAUCCAGAUCGCCUCACAGGCCCGGGACAACAAACACAGAGACAGAGAGCUUGAACGAGACAGGGACAGAGACAGGGAGAGCUACAGGUUUCAUGAGAAAAGCCUCAUGGAGCAUCCUCGGCUCUCCCAGUCAAGCGAAACGAACAAUCAAAGAGAGGAAGGUUCCGUCAUUUGCUCCAACGGUUCUCUCAGUAAACGAAGCCAGGACGCAUCUUUCUCCUCAGGCCGAUCCCGCUUCAGUCCAGAAACCAGGGACCUAUCCAAACACUCGCUCAGAGUCGGCAUCGGGUCAGAGUCUAAGUGGAACGCCAUGACCCCGUCGGCCCACUACGCCACCAAUCACAUGGCCGCUUUGGCGGCCCAGCACGGUCACAAUCUCUCCGCUCCCCACAGCCAGCCGUCGCAGACGCAGAAGUCCGGUUCCCCUCACUCGUCGCAUCGACCCAGCAGCUCGCAGUCCUCCCACAGUCACUCGCCACAAACGCAUGGACAUGGGCGCGCGGCCGAGGAUGGCAGCCAGAGGCGCUACCUGGACCAGUCGGGGCUUUUUCGGCCUGCAGCGUCCGCCGGCGGAGAACACCCGGACUCGGCGGAGGUUUCGGCCAUGCAGAGUUUGAUUAAAUACAGCGGGAACUUUGCCGCCGAUGGGCCCACGUCUUCCAGGCACAUCAUCGACGGGAGGGGGCCUUUCGGCGGUCUGGGGAACAUCGUGACGGGUGCCGAGAGGGAAAAAGAAAGGGAGCGGGACAAGGAACGAGCGCUGAGGGUCCCUCCUCAGCUGAAGAGGGAACAGGAGCGGCCGGACAGCGCCCGCUCCUUCAGCAGAGAGGGGGAGGGCGAGGUGCGACACCCUCCUGUCGGGAUCGCCGUUGCUGUGGCACGGCAGAGAGACAGCGGGAGCUCCAGUAAGCAAACCAGCGGAGGCUCCGACACACAGAGACCCCUGCUGCAAACAGCUAUCAAAGACGAGGAUCGAGGGGAAGAGCGCGCUCGCCACCACGAUGACCGACUGCUGGCCGGCCGGCUGGAGCGAGAGCAAGAGAAAGUCAUCAGAGAGUCCAAGAAUCACCCCGAGUUCACUCAGAUGGGCCCCGGCCCGCUGUCCGGCGGCCUGACACCUAGCAUGAUGACGCCCAGCCUCAUGACCCCCAACCUCAUGGUCACAGGAGGGGCUGCUCUCGCAGGGGCAGGGCGGUGGCCUCCCGACCCCUCAACCCUGACCUCUCACCCCUGGAUGCCCCGGCCCGGAGCCCCUCCGGUCUGGCUCUCCGGCUCUCCAUACGGCCUGGGUCCCUCCCCGCUCCACCAGACCCUCCCCCCGGGCUACCCGCCCUCUCUGCCGGGCUCCAUGCCUCCUCCCUACCAGUUUACCAGGGAUCCGCAGUCUGGCCAGCUAAUCGUCAUUUCCACUGAACACCUGCCGCAUUACGCAGGAGGCGACGUGCUGGAGCGCGGAGCCCCGAUGUGGUCGAGCGUGUACGGGCCGAGCAGUUCGCUGCAGCACGCGGCGCAGCUGCAGCUGCUCUCCCAGCAUCAGAUGCUGCGGCAGCAGGAGCUGUUCAUGAUCCAGCAGCACACGGCGCAGGUCCUGGAGCUGCAGAGGAACGCGCAGCUCGUCGAGCGCCUGAAGGCCAGUGAGCACCGCCCAGAGAUCGAAGACAAAGUCGACAAGCGGAACACCGACCCGAAAACCCGACCCUCCUCCAUAUCCUCGCCGUCGCCCUCACCUGUGCUGCAUCCUCGCAAGCCCCCUCCUCCCUCCCGAUCUCCGACGCCGUCCACGUCCUCCCUCACCCCUCUGCCUCCGACCCCCGCCCCGGUGACCACCCUGAAGUCGGAGGAGGGAGGACACAGAGUCCUGUCUCACGCACCGAAGCUCCUGCCUCACCCGACGUCUCCACGCUCGGCCUCUCCGCCCCCGUCCUCGCCGCGGCGGCCCAAACAGGAGGAGGGGGAGGCGGGAGUGAGGGAGCAAAGGAAAAAGUCGACCUCUACACCCUUUGAAGACAUCUAUUCUGAUCUGCCUCCAGGUUACGCUUACCAAUCCAUCACUGUGCCGUUCGGAUCCUUCCCGCCUUAUCACGUCCCGGCAUCGGCAGCUGAAAACCCGGAGGCACAUCGAUCCUGCUCUCCCGCUGCUCCUGAUCCUUUAGCUUCAUCUCACCACGAUUUCAGGGUUUUGGAUGCAGAGAUCAAGCCCCAGCGCCUGGAGCCCCCGAAGGCGGGGUCUUUCCUUAAACGGGAACCCUGCGAGGAGCACCCUCAGCCGGAUCUGAGCCGCACCACCGACCGGGCCACCGAGGACGACGAGGUGGACGGGCAAGCCCCAAAAACUCCCAGUCCUUUGAUUCCACCAGGUGAAAACCAGCGAGAAGUGGGGAAGGAAGAGAAGAACGACGGUGAGAUUAAGGCAGAAACAUCGUCCAACGCCUGUCAGGCGGUGAAGGCCCCGCCCUCUGCUCCUGCAGAAGACGAGCCCAAACCUGAACUUAUCCAGGAAGCAGAGCUGGCACCGUAUCGCCAAUCCAUCUCUGCAGAGUCAGACAGUCAAGAAGCGCCUCAGAUGUGUGUGUCGUUGGACCAGACGGCCGUGUGUGAACAGGUUCCGCCCGACGACGCAUCCGACUCCUACCCUCCUUGCCUGGAGGAAAGUACCCGUGAGCCUCCCAUCCUCGGCUCCCCGCUCCCGCUGCUCAUCCGCUCAGAGGACCCCAUGGGGGGCAUGCUGGCCCUGCUGACGGCCAGCGAGUUGGCCCAAGCCCGGCCCAGAACCCCACCCACUCUGACGCGCGAAGGCCAGGUGGACGAACCCACUUUUGCUUCCGCCUGCAGCAGCGCCGCAGCUCUGGAGAUGGUGGCUCUGGAAGGCAUGGCCCUCCUCAGCCAGAUGGCUCAAAACGAAGCGGAGCUUGUUUUCCACGCACAAGAUCUCACAUUAGACGGUCUGGACUGUCUUCUUGAAGCGAGCAGACACGUUUUACUGGAGGCGAUAGAAAAGCAGUCCCACAUCGAUCUGCCAAGAACUCUGGACCCCGACAAGAAGUACAGCUGGAGGCAGAGGAAGGAAGAGCCGCUGUACAGUAAGGUGGACAUGUUGGACGCCGUCGAGGUGGAAUACCGUGUCCGCCUGGCCGAGUUGCAGAAGACGUACAAGGAGAAGCAAAGGGAGAUGAGCAAACUGCAGCGGCGCAGGGACAAGAGAGAGAGGCAGCAGCAGGAGGACGAGAGGAGGAGUCUGACCAGGCGUGGCAGAGGAAGACCCAGAAAAAGGAAACAUCUGCCCACACCUACCAAACAGGACAGCAGGCCUGGAAAGGUGGGUCGAACAGUGCAAUACUCUGAGGACUCUGAAGCCGGGGAAGGACAGAGAAAGAGGUUCCGACUGUCCAGAGACGACACGGAAACCGGAACUGGAGGAGAGAAGAAGAAGAAGAAAAAGAAGAAGAGCUGGAAUGACCAGGAGUCGUCCAGCGCUCACGUUCUAGAGGCCAUGAAAGCGAAGCGCGGUCACCUGUAUGAGCAGGAGCAGCUGGCCUCCGACCUCGACAGGGCGCUGUCGCUCUCGCAGCUCGGCUCCCUCAGCGGCCCUCGUAAGCUCACCCCCGGCUCCAGGUCAGACAAGUCAAAGGACCGAUGCUCCGAAAGCGGGCUGAAGGAGCGAGGCGCUCACUCCUCCGUCAAAGCCGGGAAGCUCAAGAUGGCCGCCAAAGCUUCAGCUGCCGAGACCGUCCAAAAGGUGAAAGGUCAGAAGAAGUCCAUGUUUUCUCCCGUGAGAUCGGAGAUCAGCAGCUGCUCCAACAAUUCAGACUCAGAGGAGCUUGUCUCUUCUCGAGGGGGCUGGCUUCCUCACUCGGGGACGCGUCCCCACGACGGCUCGUCCAGAAAGAGGCGCUCGGCGGCGUCGCCGACCUCCCUGCUGCCCACCCAGAAAUCGUUGAGGAAGAAACACAAGCACUUAUCCCUGCUGCUGGAGGAGGCGGGCCUCAGCUCCUCCGACGACGACUCCUUCGACCAAGAGACCUCAGAGGAUGAAGAAGAGGACGAGUCGGAUUCGGACGAUGAUGACGGCGACGAGGAUGAUGAUGAUGGUGGCUGUGAGGAGAGCGGACUGGGUCUGCUGGCCAGGUUUGCGGCCAGCGCCCUCCCCGUCAGCCCGCCCCCGUUGAGCCUCCUCCAUGACGGGAAACACUGCAGCAGCAGGCAGAGCAUGCUGGGUUCACCCGAGUGUGAGUGGUCCGAUUCCGGCUCGGACUUGAGGCAGAGGAAGUUCCCCUCCCUCCUGCACGGGCGGCGCUCCGCCCCCGAGCUCCCCCACCUGCCGCCGGCGACCCGCCGAGGCGACCAGCCCAGCCCCACCAAGCGAGACGAAGCACUGCCGGUCAAGCGAAAGCCUCUGACGAAAGCCCGCCCCUCGCCUCGAUCUCCGCGGAGAUUCAGCUUCGACCUCUCCGCCGGCGUCGGGGGCUUCAGCGAGGACGAGGGCUGGAACCGGCGGCGCAGCGAGCGGAUCUUCCUCCACGACGCCAGUCAGAUGUCCGUGUCGACGUCUUCCUCCACCAGUCAGAGCUCCUCGUCCUCCGCCUCCGCUCCGCCUCUCACCCCGAAGCCGUCCUCCAAACCGAAAACCCCUCCAGCAGUAGGAGAGGGAAAAGACAUGAUAAAAAAAAAGAAGCAGAAGGACCCUUCUGUGCCAGUCAGCCCGUCCACUUUGUGCAGUCCGGUCUCUGAUGGGCCAGCGCCUCUAAGCCCGGCACAUAAAAGCCAAUCUAAAGGCAAAACCAAAGCAAGAGAGCCGUCCAGGGGCGCCGUGAGCCGGCUGAUGGAGAGCAUGGCGGCGGACGAAGACUUCGAGCCAAACCAGGACAGCAGCUUCAGCGAAGACGAGCUCCUCCCGCCACGAAACAGCAGCGUCUCCGAGAGGUCGUCCACACCCGCUCCAGUGCAGUGCGUGUUGGAUAAGGACUCCCUGGUGGACGGACUCAGAGUUCUGAUCCCGAUGGACGACCAGCUUCUCUACGCAGGACACGUCAACACCGUACACUCCCCUGACAUUUACAGCGUGGUGGUGGAGGGGGAGCGAGGCAACCGACCGCACAUCUACUGCUUGGAGCAACUGCUGCAGGAAGCUAUAAUCGACGUAAAGCCUCCGUCCGUGCGUUACCUCCCAGAGGGCACCCGGAUCGCCGCCUACUGGAGCCAGCAGUACCGCUGCCUUUACCCAGGAACCGUCGUCAACGGAAGCUCAGACAUCGACGAGAACGACGAUCUGAUCACAGUCGAGUUUGACGACGGCGACACAGGACGCAUCCCGCUCUCCCACAUCAGGCUGCUGCCGCCGGACUACAAGAUCCACUGCGCAGAGCCGUCCCCUGCGCUGCUUGUGGCCGGCCCGUCCAGGAGGAGAGUGCGCAAAUGCAGCAAGGAGGCGGGAGCAAAGCCAGAGGAGACCACACCCAGGAUCAAAGGGAAACCGGGCCGCAAGCCAAAACCCAAACCAGACGCCUCCAUAAAUCAAGAAGGUCGGGAGAAAGCUGAUCCUCUACCCCCCUCCACCCAGUCCGCCGACAGACCUCCAGCUCCAGCAAAACCGGCCCAGGACAGAACCUCCUCUGUCCAGAAAACUGCUCAAGAAAAGCCCCGCCCUGCGUCCCGACCGACCAUGGCCACGCCAGCCAAACCCGACCGGAAGAACUCCGGUGCUUCCUCCGCGAGCAGCCCCACUCUCCCCAGUCCGGUGUCCCGGAAGAGUGGCUUGGCCCAGUCUCCCGUUUCCAAGCCGUCCCGGGUCCUCCCCUCUUCUCUCUAUCCUUCCACGUAUGGGAAGGUUCUGACCGUGGAUCUGUACAGCGAGCCCAAUUUGACCUCUUACACCAACCAGCGGCGAGACAGAGAGAGCAGCAGCUCCAUCAGUCCCACCGCCAGCAGGCCUGUGCCGAGGCAUUCGAUCACCGUUUCCUCCUCUGCACCCAAACCCGCGGCUACGUCCACACCCAGACCCGCCGCCGUCUCCUCAUCCAAAAUGAAAUCGGAUCAUCAGAACAGAUCCGGCCUCGGCUCCGGACUGAUCCCCAGCCCCAUCUCCAGGCUGCCGACUGGCAAACCCAGUUCGUCACUGACCCCCAGACCAUCGUCGGCGUCACUGACACCAGCUGGCACACCCAAACCCAAACUGAAGAUCCCAUCAUCUUCAGACCAGAUGUCCUCCAGACCCAUGUCCAGGCCCAAGCCCAUCUCCGGACAGAGGAAGUCCUUGUCCGCAGAGCCCCUCGUCAAGCUGGACCACGAAGGUGUCACUUCCCCGAAAACCAAAAAGACCAAGGCUUUGAUGUUGCUAGAGGGACGCGACAUCAGGCGUGACCACGCCCCUAUCGCCACUUCCUCGGCCAACCAGAAGCUUCUGAAGGCAAAGACAAGAGGCCCGGAGAGGGCGACCAGUCUGCCUGAGAGGGAGUCUGCCUACAAGACCUCAGUCCUGGCUAAGGACCAGCUGGAGAGUCGGGGAAGUGGAGGUAGAGGACAGGAGGUGGACGCUAGAGAAGAGAAGGCUAAAAAAGAGGAACAAAAGGAGAGGAAGAGGGAGGAGAGGAAGAUGAAGGAGGAGUCUCAGAGUAGCAGCAGCUCCGAGUCGGAGGAAGAAGGGGAAAAUGGGAAGGUGAAGAAGAAGAAGAAAUGCACCUCUAGCUGCUCGUCCUCUUCUUCGUCCUGCUCUGGCUCCUCCUCUUCAUCUUCUUCUUCGUCGUCCUCGUCGUCUUCGUCGUCGACUGAUGACUCGUCCUGCAGCUCAGAUGAGGAGAGGACCCCUACACCGCCGCCUGGACCCCUCCAGAAAACUCCUACACAGGACAAACCUAAAGACAACAUCAAAGAGGAGGAGGUGAAAGAAGAGGUGGAAAUCAAAAUGGAGGAGGAAGAGUUAUCUGCUCACUCAGACUCUCCCUCCCCAUCGAGUCCUCCGGUCUCAGCCACUCCGGCUCCCAGUAAACCGACAAAGCCCGCCACCGGGAAGGGCUCCGGACAGAGGGGCCGUCCGCCGAAACCGAAGCCAAGCGGGGGAGAGGGAAAGGCGGGGAGGCCCAAGAGGAGAGAGGGGGUCCACCUGCCCACGACGAAGGAGCUGGCUAAACGUCAGAGGCUGCCCAGUGUGGAGAACAGACCCAAGAUCUCUGCUUUCCUCCCAGCCAGACAGCUCUGGAAGUGGUUCGGGAAACCCACUCAGAGACGCGGCAUGAAGGGGAAAGCCAAGAAGCUCUUCUACAAGGCCAUCAUGCGUGGCCGAGAGACGAUCCGCAUCGGGGACUGCGCCGUGUUCCUGUCCGCCGGGCGGCCCAACUUGCCUUUCAUCGGCCGCAUUCAGAGCAUGUGGGAGUCCUGGGGCAGCAACAUGGUGGUCCGGGUCAACUGGUUCUACCAUCCAGAGGAGACGAACCCUGGCAAGAAACUCACCGAUAAGAAGAACUGGGAUCAGAUGUGCGGUCAGUCUUUACCAGCGGCUCUGCACUCUUCCAUCCAGAGGAAAGACUUCAUGGAGCGCGCCCUGUACCAGUCGUCUCACAGCGACGAGAACGACGUGCAGACCAUCAGCCACAAGUGUUUGGUGGUGAGCGUGGAGGAGUACGAGCAGAUGGUCCACACCCGCCGCUACGCCGACAGCGAGGACCUCUACUACCUGGCCGGCACCUAUGAACCCACGACCGGAAUGAUCUUCAACACGGACGGCGUUCCGGUCAUCUGCUAGACGAGCUACUGAAAACCAAAUCACGACGCGACCUCAUGGGGAGUUCGGCCCAAUCUGCGGUCUGAUCACUGAUGUUAAUGGGGUUUUUUUUUUUUGUUUUGUUUUGUUUUUUUCUGAAUUGGAACCGUGACUCCAUGAACUGAACCGCUCCCACACCAUGUUAUACUUCAACAAAAAGAGACUGUCGAAGACAGCUCUGACUAUGGAGAUGAGAAACACUACAGACAGUAUUAAAAAAAAGGACCGAUCUCCUGAAGCAUUUGCACACACAGACGUCGUUAUCCCACUCUGUUCAUGGGGGACAAAGGCAUGAAUACUUCCUAUUGCGUGUAAAUAUCUCCCCUGCAGAAACACGUGUGUAUGCUCACACGUGUACAAACACAAUGUAAAUACUUCCCCCUAUGUAAGAGACGCAGGUAUCUAGAGGAAAAUCUAGGUGUUUUAUUUUCGUGUGAUAGAUUUAUGUCAGAGUACUUUUUUUCUGAAGAGGUAAACAGUAAAGAAGCUUUAACGAACUGUGAAUGAUGAAACAGGAGGGGGGCACAUGCCUGUUCGCCCUAGUAUGGGUGGUGGGGUAAAGCUGGUGUGAUGUUGUGAUCAUGAUGUUCCCGUGGUGAUGUUACAGUCCUGUUACAGUCAUAUAAAUGUGUGUACAGAACAGCAGGAGCGACAGACGCAAAGAAAGAAAUGCACAGAGAGAUGAGAGGUAGACUCCUACCAUCGCAAUCCAACAGAAAGCACUUAGAAACACUUAAAAGUCUCGUUUCCUAAUAUUUAUCCCCCGCCGUCCUCCUGACAAUCGGAACUCAGGGCGAAGCGUCCCUGCGCUGUUGAAAUUUGACUCCCUCGUUAACUCAGGCUAAGGAGAGGAAGAGAUGCAUCUUUGAAAGCACUUCUCUUUUUUUUCCUGUUUUCUUUUGGGGGUUUCUCUUUGUACAUGUGUACAAAUCCACACUGAAACACACUAUGAAAGGAAACCAGCUGCAGUCUGAGGAUCUUCUGUCACAUUUGCCCAUUUUACACCCACGUUCAGCAUCGCGUUUCUGCACUUCUAUGAAUCAGUAGGCAUGGGUUGGUAUCAGAAUCUCCUUGUUUAACCUUGAGUAGAUAAAAAAAAAAACAAGGUUUCACUUUAUUUAGCAAAAAAUUGUAAAACACAAUAUAAUCGAUUUUAUUUAAAGCAGAAGUAGCAUUUAUUCCUGCUGUUUCUAAAAUAUUAUAACCUGAGUGAAGUCGGCCCCCCCACCUACUUCAAAUCAGACAAAAUUGGUGUCAAUAGUAUAAUAUAAAUAGUAUAACAUAUGAACUUGUAAUUCUCUGUGACAUUUAUUACUUUGAUUUUAAUACUAAACCAAAAUAUAGAAUGAGCAAUCUCUGAAAUUUAGCUUUUUAAAUAUUCUUGCAUCCCGUUUAGUUAUUUGUAGAGUAGCACAAGUUUAAGAAGCUGAUAUUAGUUGUUUAAUAAGUUGGACUGUUUGGGUCGCUAGCCUGCAGUCUGCUGCUUUACAGCGGCAGCUUGCCAAACGUAGCAUGACUUACAAACUUUCUGUAAGUUUCUCCUCUGCCCUCGAACGUUUUUCUUUUCUUACAUUUUUCACCACAAAAGAGAGAAAUGUAGUCAUAUUCAAUAAAGUUUAUAAAUCCAUCAGUACAUGACACAUUUUAUAGAUAAAUUAGACUUAUGUUUUCAACUAUUUAUUUCUGAUGAGAUCAUUUUCUACCUAAAGCCGAUUAAAAUCUUAGAUUAGAAUAUUAAAUCAAACUAAUAAAAAGCAUUUUAAUACAGAAAUGUGAACAAUGAAAAGUAUUUUUUUAUACCCGCUUGAAGGUUAUUUUCAAAAUGUAGUUUUAACCUGAAAACCGAGCCUCAUCGGAACGCCUAUUCUAAUUUAUUCAAUGAUGUGUACCUGAAUCUCAAAAAUAUGCUCAUUUUAUUUCUCUUUGCAAAUUAUUCAAAAUGUUUGUUAGGAUAAUGAACUGAAAUGAAAUCACAUUUAAAUCUGAAUAUUUGUUGCAACCCCCUCCUACCCCCACCAAAAUUUAAUGUAAUAUUUUGUAUUUUAACACAAAAAUCUAAAAAUGUUGCCUUUUUAAAAAAUUUCUUGUUUAUCAUGAAAUGACCAAAACCAAUAUGGCCUCCAUGGUACUGGUAACCAGCCAAUGCCUACAAGGUGCAGGUGAAUGGAGGAAAAAGGGAUGACCUGAUCUCAAUCUGUGUGUGGGAACAUUGGGAUCAGGAAUCCCAGUCGGUGGGAAUAUUUUUCUUUAAUGGUUAUAAACACUGCAGUCAGUCCAAGAUUCUUCAAGGUCAUGGCGCUGAUUUUCACCGUGCAGCUGUCGAAACUGAUUCGAUCAGCAUAACUCAAUUUUAAACACUCAUUUUCCACAGCCAGGCUUCCUUCAUUCCCUUAUUUUGUCUGCAACCUUCAAGUGCCCUAUGUUUAGUGUUUUCUUUCUCUUUCUUUCCUUUUUUUUAACGAUUCAGCUUCUGCUGGUUUGUGGGAAAGUUUCUCCGCCGUCUCUAAUCGCACGCUUCCCUCCAAACAAUCACCAUUUCCACAUGAGUGCACUUUGAAUAAGGAGACUCUGAGUCUUGUAUUGUGUCUUCCUCAAGUAUUUACUCCCACCGGUCACCCCUCUCUUUACCCAGGUAAAUGGAAAAACAAGUGCAGCCACGUCCAUCGUAACACAUUCUGGUUGCUGGUUCUGUGUUUUAUUUUUCUAUGUGCCUCAUUAAAGUGUAAUUUUUUUUCCCUCCUGUUUUUUUUUUUUUUUUUCAGUAAGACUGUUGAAUGUCAUGCUCAGGAUCGUGAGUGCUAUACGCCGCCUUACUUUCCCAGGCCUUAUAACAAUGUUUUGCCAACAAUGUGUUGUUGUUUUUUUGUCUCCCUUCUUGAUCCACAAUGUCUUCAGGUCCAGAGGAAUAGUCAAUUUUAUCCCAGUCUUUUUCGCCUUCUUUAUUAUACCGUUUUCUAAAGGCUGUCAGAUGUGUCUGUAAAAUAUAUGGCAUUUUACUGUAUAUAGCUGCGUUGCUCCCUCUUUGCCCGGUAAAUCACGGUAUGAUCAACUUUAGUGAAAGUACAACGGUUGAAAUAAUCGAUAUAAAAAUGUAAUAGCAUAAUGUUUUAACCCGUUUAUUUAUAACAUAAGCGAGAACUGGUUCCAGUUAGCAAGAGAGAAGUGCGCCCAUUUCCUUUGCGGCCAGCUGACCGGCAGUGCAUAGAUUGUUCUCCUUUAGUUUCCACAUAACGACUAAAUGUAUUUUUAGUGACUGGAAAUAUUUCCAACCUGCCAAAUAUGCGUUGCAGCCUUAUUUCAGCCAGCUGACUGGCAGUGUUCAGUACUCCCAGUCACACCAGCACUUUUCUUCUAAUAAAAAAAAUAACUUUAACCCAUAGGAACUGGAUGCCAGGAAACGUUAACGGAAUUGAACCGUAACUUUUUAAAGACUUUUGUAAAGCUACCUUGUUACCGUGAACCGACCCAUGCCUCCUCUUUGCUUUUAUCUCUGCCCUUCGGCAGAGUUUGAAGACUGUCUUGUUGAUAUUCAAUAGGUGUUAAUAUUUUCUACUCUUAUCUGGAGACCUUCUGGUUUUGUCCUCUACAUUGGUCUGUUUUUGCCUGCCAUCGCCGGGUGCAGAAUGUUCAGAAGAACCCGUGUGCCGUUGUGGCAUCUUUCUGUUAAAUGAAGCAUUUCAGUGUGCUUUGAUGGAUAAUCCAGACACGACAGCCUCUCCCAGAAAAGGUAUUUUUUUCUUAAAAUGUGCUGCUAAUCUAUUCGUAUUUAAAAUAGUUUCAACCAGGUACAGAGUGACUCUAUUUGCUGUUUUUUUUUUUUUACUAGCUAAAAUAAUUAUCUGCUAAAGUCCCCCAUUUUCCUGAUUAUGCUGCUCUUAUGUCCGUUUGAGCGACAGGCGGUGCGGCUGGAUCGCGGCCGUGGUAUCGGAGUAUUGCGGAUCCACGGGUCGUGCCGCCGUUUGCAGAGUGAACAUGUUUAAAGUGCCCGUUUAUGAAUGUUUGUUUAUCCCUGGAGCUGCUAAAGCACUUUUUUCUGUAUGUCUUGUGUGUGUAAGGAGGUUGAUAAGACAUCACAGUCUUAUCUCUUGAUAACACACACCUACACACCCCGAAAGCCCCUUGUACAGGUGUGUGUUACUGCCUUCCAAUAUUACUUUUCGCCCCCUUAUCUCCAUCCAAAGCCCAGUCUCCGGCCUAAACAGGGUCCGACACUUACACACUUUUACUCUCCACUACGCUUUAUUUUGUUUUGUUCCAUACGUUUUAAGAGCCUGAUUUUUGUAUAUGUUGUCGUUAUUAUGUCUUAGUAAUUUUUUAAAAUCUAAUUAUUAUUUUUGCUGUGCUUUUCUUUUUUAAACGUUUGUUUUGUUGUUCAUUUCCCGCCUUCUUGCUUCCCCUAUCUGAACAAUCAUCCACGCCUCUCAAGCAAUACUGCUGACGGGCACCAGGAGCUAGCUGCUAGAGAGAGAGAGAGAGAGAGAGAAAUGGAAGAGCAAGCAAACAAUAGUAUAUGAGAGAGAGAAAGAGAGAGAGGUGGACUGGAGGCUGGUUCUUCGUCUGCUGUUCCUUCAGUAUCGUUAUUGUCCUGUUACAGAGAAAAGAUUAUUUUGAGAAUAUACACAAAGGAAAAAAAAACAUCUAAGUUUUGUAAAUUAUCCUUCGCUGUCGAGGGAAGAAAACUAUCAGAAUAUACUUUGUCUAAUCUUGUAAAAAUGAAAAAGAAUACAUUUUAGAGAAAUCUGAAGCUACAUAUAUUCUGUCACCCUGUACUAAAUGUGUAAGGAACUGUUUUUGUUUUCCUUGUUUGUUUUUUUACAGACAGCAACCACGUUUAUCAGUGUUUCUUUGAAAUUGUUUUAGUAAGUAAAUAUUUUAUAGUUAAUCAAUAAACAGAUGGAACUGUA